UUUAUGGAAGAAGACAUCUUAGUUAUUUUACUUCAAAAAAAAAAUUAAGCUUUAGGGUGUGAGUAGUUUGUGAAUUGCGACUAUUCAAGUGCCAUCUUUUCCUGUUUACUUAGCAAGAUAUUGAGCUUAAUAUGCUAGAGAAUGAAAAUGUGUUGGGAAUAAAUUUGUUCAAUUUCUUGGUUAGGUGUCAUCUUGUACGUUCCAUAGCUUAUUUCUUUCUGUCUUCAGGAAGUCUUUUACUAGUUUCCUAUUGAUAACUGUCUGAACACGGCUACGGAUUAUGAAUCCAUUUGCAGUGACGAGUGUCUCAGCUCUGUUGCCGCCCAUCUCCGACAUGGAGGCUUCUAUUAACACACUGGAGCACCUUUUGCGGUACCGUUUCAAGAACAGGAAGCUUCUGGAAGAAGCUCUUACCCACUCUUCUUUCACAGAGUCGUCCUCUUACCAGCGUCUGGAAUUCCUAGGUGACAUGGCUUUAGGGCUGGCCAUCUCCAACUUCGUCUACUUGUCCUAUCCUGAGCUUGACCCCGGCCAACUCUCUCUUGUUCGGUCAGCCAAUGUCAGCACCGAAAAGCUCGCUAGGGUAGCUGUCCAUCACAGCCUCUACAGAUAUGUCCGCCACAAUGCCCCUUCUCUUGAAGAAAAGGUGAAGGAGUUUGUGUUAGCAGUCCAGGAAGAAGACGAGACCGAAUUCUAUGGCGGAGCAAUCAAAGCACCAAAAAUUCUUGCAGAUAUAGUUGAGUCUGUAGCUGCUGCUGUAUACAUUGACGUUGGACUCGAUUUGAAGGAGUUUUGGAAGGUCUUUAGAGGCUUACUGGAGCCAAUAAUCACCCCUGAUGUGCUGCAAAAGCAACCUCAGCCAGUGACCAUGCUAUUUGAACAUUGCCAGAAAGUUGGAAAAUCUGUUGACAUAAGACACAAUAAGAUUGGACUGAACAACAUUGCAAGCAUCUACAUUGAUGGAGAACACCUAGUCUCUUCAUCUUCAGAGCAGAAGGAAAAUGCGAGGCUUCAUGCUGCAAAGGCUGCACUACAGGAGCUGGCUUAUAAAGUUGAAAAAAUCAACUUUAAGUUCGAUGAGACUAAAGGCAAUGAUGGAGCAAAACAAAAAUUGUAUGAACUUUGUGGGAAAAAAAAAUGGUCGAAACCUACUUACAGGGUUGAGAAUGAGAUAGGCCCAUCACACGACAAGAACUUUGUCUGCUCAGUUGAAGUAGGUAGCAGUGAUGGUUUAGCUAUUACAGUUGGUAAUAAGAAGUCUCGGGUGCUCUUCGCUACUGGAAACAAAAUGUUGCGGAUCAGAGAUGCAGAGAACUCAGCUGCCUAUUCCAUGCUAUGUGCUCUCAAAGAUGCAAAUGUCAUAUGAUUCUCUCUGCUUCUUCUUAUGGACCGGUGAAAUUAACUGCACGUGGAGUUGCUCUUCCAACCGUCCAGGUGAAAUUUGAAUGAUCCAAAUAGAUGUUCAGAUUUCAUCUGGAAGGAGAGUUGAAUAACUCGACGUGAUGUUCACUCCACCGGAUCUAGAUGAUAUUAGUUUAGAAACUAGGUAGCUUCGUUUAGUGAGAUCUUAGGUGGAACAUUGUAGCUUAGUUUUAAAUCUAGCAGAUGGUGAUUUCAGUUUAGUUGUCUAGAUAUGGAAUGUAAUUUACUCUGAAUGGCUUUGUGUGUAUUUCUCCACCCCCAUGACUCAUUGCUGGUUGAAGCAUUCUUUGUGGCUGCAUCUUCCUCCAUUUUUUUUUUGGAAAAAAUAAAUGUCAUGUUAUCUCAAGUUCGGUACAUUACCAUUU